CUAGGUUGAUUUUUGUUUUAAGAUCAGUUAGUCACUUCCAUUCAGUCAAUCUGUCAAGAUAACUUCAGUACUCCACAUAUUCUAACUGGCACAUCAACACUCAACUUCCAGAAGUGAGCCAAGAACUGAUACAAAAUAACACAAAUAAAUGAAGUGAAGUGCACAUUUCCGUGUCUUGUGUUGUUGAUAUUAUUAAUUGUGUAAAACAUUUUAAAUGGUAACUUCGAGUCUCAAAAGGUUUUUUGUUUGUUCUGUUUAACUAAAAUUUCGUGCAUUUUUGUGUAAUUAUUCGAAAUGAAUAAUUGAUUACAAAGUGUUUUUGUUAUUCAAUUGAUCUAGAUACAAUUUUGUUGGUAACACGGUCUUAUGUUUUGAUUCGGUUAUUUAACCAUCUCGGUUUCAGUUUCUGCCAACUGAGUAAAUGAUAUAAAACUAAUUUUGUAAUUGUCAUAAUAAUAAAUGUGUUUGUGUGUGCGGUGAGCCAGUUUCCAGUGGUACAUUGAAUUUACUCUCUUUCCUACAACUUCGGAUUACGCGAUUGACGAUUUCAUGGAUUAUUAAACAGCUGUUGUGCAGUAAUCAGAAAAAGAAACGGAUGAAGAUGAGACGAUGUAAUGGUUUAACAUUUCUUCAAUAAAACCGAACGAAGACAAAAAGAAAAUGCUGCGGUGAAUCACAACACGAAUGCUAUGAGUAUUUACACGAAAACAAAGCAACAACAUUAUCAUCGUCAUAGAAAGGACAUUCGGUUUUUCCAGGGAUCAUCAACCCGUUUAAUCAGAAACGGUGACAUAACUUAAAUGGAAAAAUCGUUCUCGCUUUUUUAUUUCGUUUAAACUUCUGUAUGGUGAAGGGUGCGUGUAGCAUUUGUGUCGUUCAUUCAACAAUCAUGCGAUUAGUGUACAGAAAUCGUAGAGCAGCGCUAUUGCUGGUGCUGUGCAUAUUUGGUGUGUCUAUGUUACUGAUCAAGUAUUCAGAACUCGGACCGACAUGCUUAUUUAAGGAGGAUCAGCAGCCGUCAAUUAUGCUGAGAGAUGAGAAAUUCGUGGUGGGUAGUGACCAAAAAGUAUAUCCGUAUCACAGGAAUAUGCCAUUAAUAUUCAUUGGAGGCGUUCCACGGUCUGGGACAACGUUAAUGAGGGCUAUGCUGGAUGCACAUCCCGAAGUUCGUUGUGGCCAAGAGACUCGAGUUAUUCCCCGGAUAUUGCAAUUAAGAUCGCAUUGGUUGAAAUCGGAAAAAGAGAGCGUUAGACUGGAAGAAGCUGGCAUUACCAAAGAGGUGAUGAACAGUGCAAUAGCACAAUUUUGUUUAGAAGUAAUCGCAAAGCAUGGUGAUCCGGCACCAAGACUGUGUAACAAAGAUCCGCUGACUCUAAAAAUGGGAUCGUACGUUAUUGAGCUGUUCCCCAACGCAAAAUUUUUAUUUAUGGUCCGUGAUGGACGUGCAACAGUUAAUUCAAUUAUCUCACGUAAGGUGACAAUAACCGGCUUUGAUCUGACCAGUUAUCGUCAAUGUAUGACAAAAUGGAAUCAUGCAAUUGAAACAAUGCACAAUCAGUGUAAAGAGAUUGGACGUGAUAAAUGUAUGAUGGUCUAUUACGAACAGCUAGUCCUCCAUCCCGAAGAGUGGAUGCGAAAGAUAUUAAAAUUUGUCGAUGUGCCAUGGAACGAAUCGGUUUUACAUCAUGAGGAAUUUAUCAACAAGCCGAACGGUGUUUCGUUAUCAAAAGUUGAACGUUCAUCGGACCAAGUAAUUAAGCCAGUCAAUUUGGAAGCAUUAUCUAAAUGGGUGGGCAAUAUACCGGAUGAUGUGGUGCGGGAUAUGGCUGACAUAGCACCAAUGCUUUCCAUACUCGGCUAUAGUCCGUAUGCAAAUCCACCCGAUUAUGGCUCACCAGACUCAUGGGUUCAAGACAAUACAUUCAAGGUGAAAGCGAACCAAAAGCUCUGGGAACAUAAAGCAAAACAAAUCUUAAAGCGCGACGAACCACAACAAGAAGAUAACUCUAAUCCAGACGACACAGAUUUGCCGGAUGGUGGUGGCGUUGGUUUUGGUAGCAACAAUAUCGGUAACGAUGUUCGUGUCAAUGAUGUGGAAAAAGAGAAAACAUGAUAUCAAUUUUACGGUGAAAAAACAGAAAGAUCUCUUUUGAUAUAAAAUCUGUGUGAGAGAAAAAAAAAUGGAAGCAUUGGUGGGAGUUGAACUUUUUUUUUCCUUUUGAAAAACUAAAUGGCAUAAUGAACGUCAAUGAUAAAAAAAACGUUUUUUUUUGUGUGUGAAAAUAAAAUGCCGAGUAAAAGAACAUUGUGUGUUUGCUGGUUAGAGAAAUGCAGUGUAAAGUGUGUGUCUUUAAAAAAUAAAAUGAAGAAAAUAUUGUAAGCAGGUGCGAUUCUAAGUGCAAUUCGCAGAGCGUAUAAUUCUUUACAUAAUAAAAUUGAAAAGAAAAGAGUUUUCCGGAAGACCACGUUCCCGUUUAAAUACUUUUUUGUUUUAGCUGUUGUGUAUAUUAAGAAUGUUUGGCAGAAGAAACACAAAAUCAUAUAAAUAAAUAGUUAGUUUAUAAACAUUACAUAAAUGACAAAUUUAAAAUGCGUAUAUAUAUAUAUAUAUGAAUGUGUACAUAAAAUUUAAAAAAAAAUCUAAAAUAAUUUGUACUUUGUACUUAUCAAUGACAAAAUAUACGAAGGAAACAUUUAAACGUUAAACAAUUUCA